GUAUUGCUUGUGAAAGCGCCAACUCAUCUUCAGCUUCAGUCUCCAUUUCAAUCCUAAUUGUGAAGGAGUUCUUUGUUUUGUGAAAACAGAACUUAUCCACUGAGUUGGCCUUUUGUGUGCCACGAACACUAUGGGGCGCUGGACGCAGUAUGACGAAGAUGAUUACAGGCUUCCAGAAGGCAUGAAGCGAAUUGGUUACGACGCCGACAGUGAGCGGUAUUAUUUCCGCGACCGUGAAGGAUCGGUGUACAAAGGACCGGAGGGCUCUGAAUUCGGAGAGCUUACGCUAGUGUCUGAAAUACCUUCUUCCAUCCCUCAAGAGGUAGACGAAGACAGUGACCUGGAAGCUGCUCCUACCGGCACUAACGGUUAUCGCAUGUUAGCCCUGGAUGAGAAUGGUACCCGGUACAAUCCCCGGGGAGGAGCAUAUCGUACACUUUUCCCAUUCUUUCUCAUUAUCGCUGUCGUCUUAUUAUUGGUCUGGCGUCUCGUCCUGUUACCCACACGCAUUGCCCCUGUUCCAUGCCCUUCAACGACCCUCUCCUAUAUCGUGCAACCUGGAGACACUUGUUGGGAUAUUGCCAACGACCACAAUUCCUCCGUAGACAAACUCCUCAUUGUCAACCCCAAAGUGAACUGCGACAAGCUCAUGCCUGGUGACCGCGUUUGCGUGCCAGACGAAGGGAUGUCCAUUAGUGUCCGUUUCUAGUGACUUUUUAUUUCAAAAUAUACUCCACGCAGCAUAUAGCUAGUCUCAUUUGUAUUUUAUUGCUCAUGCAUAUGCCGGACAUUUGGAUAUCGCCUUUCGUAUGCAAUAACAGUUUAGAUGACGUCAGAACCGAA